CUGUCAUUGAGAAACAUGGCUGCCUCCAUGGAUGCUGUAAACGGUGCUGGCUCCGACUUACAAGGUCCAGCUUCGACUGGCUCGAGUGUGGAGCCCCCCCCGAUUCAGUACAGCAUGAUUCUGGAACAUCUAAUCGGGGACAAGAGGCCCGUGAAGGACCUGAGUCCCGGUGUUAUGGGGGGACUGCCGGUGCCUGCUAAAACCGACGAGCAGAAGAUGAUCGAGAGGGGAAUGGAGAGCUGCGCCUUCAAGGCGGUGCUGGCCUGUGUGGGAGGGCUCGUCCUCGGAGGAGCUUUUGGUAUUUUCACAGCAGGCAUCGAUACCAAUGUUGGCUUCGACCCAAAAGACCCACUGAGAACUCCAACGGCACGGGAAGUCCUCAAAGACAUGGGCCAGAGGGGGAUGUCAUACGCCAAGAACUUCGCCAUCGUCGGCGCCAUGUUCUCCUGCUCCGAGUGCAUCAUAGAAUCACACCGAGGCAAAUCUGACUGGAAGAACGCGGUGUACAGCGGCUGUGUUACGGGCGGAGCCAUUGGGUUUCGCGCUGGUCUGAAGGCCGGGCUGCUGGGAUGUGGAGGCUUCGCCGCAUUCUCCACUGCCAUCGAAUAUUAUUUACGGUGAACCACAGAAGAGGGACUCUAUUCGGACUUUGUGGAUUCGCCCUGUGAGAAAUCCACACUGGUCCAUAUUUACCUGCACAUGGAGGAUUGCUGAUGUUUUCUGGUGGAAGAAGUGACGGGUUCCUAUUUGGGUACAGCGGACGGAAACAAUACGUACGUGUUGUCCCGCAGAGACUCUUUACUUUUAUGGACAGGACAGUUUGAGCUGAGCGGAUGAAUUAUGACAUGAAACAUUUUCCUAUUAAUAGAAUAUUAGUAUGUGUCUAAAUAAUUUUUAUUAAAUGUUUUUUUUGUUAACUUGUUCAGAACUUUUCUUCUUUAAGUGUACAAGUAUCCAUGACAAUAAUAUCUUGAAUGGCCUUUUUAAUAUUAGUCUUGGCUAAUUGAAGUCCAAAGUACCUGAAUCGUAUCGAUGAGUUGAGUGCCAGUGAGCCUCAUGGGCUGGAACACGUUGGUUCGGUGGCUUUAGGAGAAGAUAUGUGUCUGAGGUGCAGGGAAGCGUGUCAAAUACACACCACACCGUUGUAUGAGGAUAUUAAAAAAUGGCGGUUAUCCCAGUUUUGAAAGUCUCCAUAUUAGUGUUUUUGCGCAAGACUUUCAGAUGUGAAAGAACAUCACAUUGAAUGAGAGCUAGAAUGUUUUUAGCAUACACAUUAGUCAGAAACUUAAUUUGAUCUCAAAUUGAUUUAAAUACAAGAGCAACAAUGUGACUAUAUCUCCUGUCUGGAUCACGUUCUUCUAAAGAUUAAAAUAUUAAUUUCCCCUGAUUGGAGUCCAUGGCAAAAUUAUUAUGUUUAAUUCCUACAUUUCAAACCUUUUGAACAUUAUUUAUCCCACAAAUAUGAGUUUAAGUCAAGCGCAACAUUUAUGUUUUUAUAUAUCUUUAAACUUUCUUACAGAAUUGUACUCGUUUCAGCCUGAACACAUUUGUUGGUGUCGGUUGUUAUUGGGGUGGCACCAUAGUUAUCAAUGAGCAGUGCAUAGGUCUGGAACUCAACCGUGUGGUUAUUUAUAUCAGCAGGUUGUCAUUUAUUUAUUUUUAAAGCUUUGUUGUAAUUCUAAUGGAUAAUUAUGGUCGGCAGUAAACUCCAGGUUUAAAGUUGAGGGGAAUAUUAUUCACAAUGUAAAACAGUUCAACACAACUUUAAAAAGUACAGUCAGCAUUUCCCAUAAAGAUACAAUAAAAUAAACAUGUCAACUUUAAAAUAGAUGAGCACUCUACACUCUGAGGGGCCACGGUCACAACUGUCUGUGUGUGAGGGGCCACGGUCACAACUGAACUAUCUAUGUGAGGGGCCACGGUCACAACUGAACUAUCUAUGUGAGGGGCCACGGCCACAACUGAACUAUCUAUGUGAGGGCCACGGUCACAACUGUCUGUGUGUGAGGGGCCACGGCCACAACUGAACUAUCUAUGUGAGGGGCCACGGUCACAACUGUCUGUGUGUGAGGGGCCACGGUCACAACUGAACUAUCUAUGUGAGGGGCCACGGUCACAACUGUCUGUGUGUGAGGGGCCACAGUCACAACUGAACUAUCUAUGUGAGGGCCACGUUCACAACUGUCUGUGUGAGGGGCCACGGUCACAACUGUCUGUGUGUGAGGGGCCACGGUCACAACUGAACUAUCUAUGUGAGGGGCCACAACUGUCUGUGUGAGGGGCCACGGUCACAACUGUCUUUGUGUGAGGGGCCACAGUCACAACUGAACUAUCUAUGUGAGGGCCACGUUCACAACUGUCUGUGUGUGAGGGGCCACAGUCACAACUGAACUAUAUGUGAGGGGCCACGGUCACAACUGAACUAUCUAUCUGAGGGGCCACAGUCACAACUGAACUAUCUAUGUGAGGGGCCACAGUCACAACUGAACUAUAUGUGAGGGCCACGGCCACAACUGUCUUUGUGUGAGGGGCCACAGUCACAACUGAACUAUCUAUGUGAGGGCCACGUUCACAACUGUCUGUGUGAGGGGCCACAGUCACAACUGUCUGUGUGUGAGGGGCCACAGUCACAACUGAACUAUCUAUGUGAGGGGCCACAGUCACAACUGAACUAUCUAUGUGAGGGGCCACGGUCACAACUGAACUAUCUAUGUGAGGGGCCACAGUCACAACUGAACUAUCUAUGUGAGGGCCACGGUCACAUCUGUCUGUGUGUGAGGGGCCACAGUCACAACUGAACUAUCUAUGUGAGGGGCCACGGUCACAACUGUCUGUGUGAGGGGCCUCGGUCAUAUGGACUCUCUCACAUCACAUAGUGAAUCAAGAGGAUCAGAGCCACUAUGCAGUAAUACUUCAUUGAAAGUAAAUGUCGUACAAUAAAUUAAGGUAUUCAGAUGAGAAUGUACUCAUGUAAACUUCCGCAACAUCACAAUAGUGUCAAAUGAUUUAGUCCCAUAUUGAAGUAGCUUAACAGUUGUACAUGUAAUUAUGUCUAAGGUCCUUGUAGUGACCCCUUGCUCAUCAGAAAAGGUCACUGUGGUUGCUUGGAGGUUUAGUUUUGACAUGUGUAACUAAUAACAGAUGCAACCCAAA